UGUAAGAUGAAAAGGUUCUAGUUCGUGUACGGCAUUAAUUAGGUCUAUAUGCAAGAGUCUCCUACGCCCCCAUAAGACCCUCCCUCCUUGUGGCUGCUCGGGGCAAGGCACCACACCACCCAUCGAUCCAGGAGGAAGACACUGCGUCCGCGAGAGGUGCAGUGAUUGAUUUCGAUUGCAGAGGAUUCGUGUGGGGAGGAAGUGCAAGCGCUAUGGGCAACUCGUCUAUUACUGCUGGCUGCAGAGGAUCAAACAAGAGAUUGGACGUGACACCUUCGCACGUGGAAGAAGGAUCAAACCAGAGAUCAAACCAGGUUUCCGACGAGGCAGAGCAGACAACCUUCAAGUGGAGGAUCGAUAAUUUCUCCUCCCUUCUUGAUAGGGGUAAUGGAUGGACAACCUCCAGGAUGUUUGAGAUCAGCGGGCUUAGAUGGUAUCUGAGAUUGAACCCGAGGGACACAAAGAGCGGCGACAAAGAGGAACACGUUUCUAUUGUACUUGCGCUGUCCGUGACAUCUGUGGCACCUAACAGGGUCGUGGAGGCAACUUUCAGGUUCCGGAUAUAUGACCAGUUGUAUGGAAAGCACCAUCAACAGCAACCAGCGAGCCACGUUUUUGAGAUUGCAAGCAGGUGCUGCCGGACCCCAUGCAUAGUUCCUCUCGCAGCGCUCAAGGACAAGUCCUCUGGAUUCCUCGUCAACAACACCUGUGUUUUCGGUGUUGAGCUGAUCAAAGUUGUAGCUGCUAAAGCUAAUUAUAAGUCAGAGGUGUUGAAGAUUAACAGCGUUUGCAAUGCCCCGCAAGUCUACACGUGGAACAUUGAGGACUUCUUCACGUUGAAGGGCCCAAGCUACUCUCCUGAGUUUGAGCUCUGUGGACACAAAUGGUUCAUCACUAUCAACCCAUCCGAUGAGAAUGGGACCUACAUCUCCUUGUUCCUGACCAUGAAGGUGCCGGAUACACUACAUCGGAACUCCGCAAACCUUGUACAAUUCAGCAUAUGCAUCAAAAAACUGGAAACUGGAGACAACAAUGGAGAAAAAGGAAAAGGUCGGUGCGAAUUCUCAAAGAAUUAUCCCACAUGGGGAUUCCGCAGGUUCAAAACGCUAGAAGAUUUCAAGGACCCAACAAUUGGUUAUUUGGUGAAAACAAAGUGCUGCAUUGAAGCUCAGGUUGCAGUCAUUGGUACCUCCAAGAUGGACUAAACUAUUUGUCCUUCCUAUGUUACAAUUUUUGUGUGGCUCCGUAAGCAAUGGGUGCAUUUGGUUAUG